AUGGAUCACGCCGAGCUCUACGCUAUCCGUCGCAGUGAACAUGGCGAUCAGAACGGGGUGCUCGAGCUGGAUUCGCCCACUAAAGAGGCUCGUCGGUCGUAUUUCGGUCGCGCGCUGUUGGGCGCCGUCAUCGAGACGUCGUUUCUGGCACUCACAGCAACAGAUCCGACGAGACCCGAACGUGUUUUAGGCUUUGCCGCCUUCGACAGCUCUCCACCGGGGGAAUUAAACGCUGCAGCGUGUUAUUCGGCAUUCCUCGAGCACAAAUUCGAGCUGCCACAGGCUUCAUCGUUCCUGUUUUUGACGUACUUUGCCCAACGUCAAGCGACUGUAGGGGCUGCCACUCGACCGCCAGUACUCAAGCAUUUGUUGCACGCAAUGUUUGCCACGUUGGUGAAUAAGCGAAGUGUGUUGCUCGUUCUACCUGAAGACGUCAACGUCACAGAGACCGAACCAGCGUUAGCCAAGUUCUUCGAACGGGUGGCAACUCGAUCGACGUCUGUGGAAGUUAAGAAUAAGCGACUCGAGCAGCAAUUCGCUAAGAACGCCAAGACUUUCAGUAAGUUUACAGUGUACCAAGCCAAGGUGGACGCCUUCUUCCCUUCUGUACAUGUGCGUCGUGCCAGAGUCGAAGACCACGACGACUUGCAGCCGAUUCUAACAGCUCAAGCUGAGUCUGUAACCUCUGCGUUUGGAGACUACUUUCUAGCCGAACUCAUUCACGUCCAGGACGAACACAACGUCUGUCUUAUCGCUGAAGCUGCCACUAUUGGUCAGGGUCGAGCCGUUGGUCUGUUAGCAAUCUCCAACCAGAUCGACGUAUCCACACUGCAAGAUAACUUCGCUUUAAGUGCACUGAAUGACCUCGCCAAAGGCAACAUCACAGCACUGAACUCUGACAAGAUCACUCCUCCUAGACUUGUGAUCGCUGGACCACCAGCUGGAGGCAAAGGCACUCAAUGUGAACUGCUAGUUGAGGCAUUCAACGUGUUACAUUUAUCGACUGGUGAUCUCCUACGUGCUGCUGUGGCGUGUGGCUCUACGUUAGGCGUCCAGGCUCAGCAUUUCAUGGACUCGGGCCAACUUGUACCAGAUGAGUUAAUCGUAGACGUCGUUCUAGAGCGAUUGGGGCAACCAGACUGCGACAGUCGAGGCUGGUUACUCGAUGGGUUCCCACGUACUGCGACUCAAGCUCAAGCGCUGCUAGCUGCAGGCUUCUGUCCGGACGCAGUCAUCGCACUGGACGUCCCGGACGACGAGGUGGUUCGACGUAUCGCUGGCCGUCGCGUAGACCCAGAGACGGGCAAGACGUACCACCUCAAGUUCAACCCGCCGCCUCAAGACGAAGACGUCUUAGCUCGCCUGAUUCAACGCAGCGACGACACGGAGACGACCAUUCGCCAACGUCUGGCUACAUUCCAUAAACAUUUAGGCUCUGUUCUAGCUGCCUUUACUGUUCCUGACUCGGAAGCUAAGGUCAUUACUGUGAAUGGACUCCAGUCGAAACAUGCAGUGGCUCAGCUUAUCUCUGAACAAACGCGCACCAUCAAGACAGCCCAGAAGCUGCGAUACUUGAUAAAUCGCGGGGAGAUGACACCACCAAAGCUGGUGAUCUCCGGUCCACCUGCAGGUGGCAAAGGCACGCAAUGUGAACAGCUUGUCGCGCUACUGAAUGUGGUUCAUCUGUCCACGGGGGAUAUGUUACGUCAAGCUAUACGCGAGCAAUCCCCGCUGGGUAUGCAAGCUCAAGGCUUCAUGGAUGGCGGACAGUUAGUACCGGACGAACUGAUUGUCGAUGUGGUGCUGGAGCGUAUCACUCAACCUGAUUGUGAGAGCAGAGGAUGGCUACUGGACGGAUUCCCUCGCACGGCUACGCAAGCAGAGGCUCUGCUUGCAGCUCGUGGAGGGAAAGCUGCUCCUGAUUGCGUGUUGGUGUUGGAUGUUCCCGAUGAAGAAGUAAUCCGUCGUAUUGCGGGGCGUCGCGUGGACCCCGAGACUGGCAAAACGUACCACGUCGAGUUCAACCCACCUUCUUUCGAGGUACAGGCGCGUGUUAUUCAACGUAGUGAUGACACGGAGGAGACGUUACGUACGAGAUUAGAGCAAUUCCAUGCGCAUAGCGAUGGAGUCUUAGCUGCGUUUGAGGCAUAUCACGGCGAGAACGGUGCACCGGUACAGAUUAUCCGUGCGGACGGAUUACAGCCCGCGUCGUUGAUUGCCAAGGCGUUUGUAGCGCCCAUUAUUCAACGUGGUGCUGACGUUGAAGCUCGCGUUUUACAACGCACAGGAGCGGAGAAUCUCUCCAAGUUGGCACGAGCUGAAGCGCACUCCAACUGCUUCGCUAUCACCUUGUUUUGUGUGGGCGACGACGCCUUCGAGCGGUCUUCCUCGGCCGAUCUACUGGUAGCUGCGUUCGCUACGUUCCCAACGCGUGACUACUGCUUACUUACACUACCGACACAUGCACGAGAGCCCCCUUGUCUCGCUUUCUUCUCGCGAAUUACAGCGCGACCAGCCAGUGCCUUCACACAUGCUCUGUAUGUACUACAUCGCGACGCUAUCUCCUUCUUCUGUCCUCAAACAAGCGACGGCCGCGGUGUCCUUCAAUCUGUCCAGAUCGACGUCCAGCGCUUGCUAUCAAGUGCCGAAAGCGCAGCAUUAACCCCAUUAAUGGCGGGACUGAACCGGCAAACGCGUCGAGCACUCGAUCAAGAGCUUGACGCUGCCAAUGAAGAGGCUGAAAUCGAUCUGGAAGACUCGCCAAGACACACAGCAUUUAUCGUACGUGCCAACGGACAAGUCGUUGGGUUGGCGGCGCUCGCUCGACAGCCAGAAGUGGCGACUUUGCUGCCUCAUCACUUCGAUAUCGACCGAGUGGCACGCAUGGAGUUUCACCGUGCCAAAGAUCUGGCAUUUGUACGUCAUCUGAUUCUAAAUCCUAUAUUCGCGUCUUGUUCGCGAGUCAUCUUACUUGAGUUGAUGAGGCUUUUCCGCAAAACUUGCCUCAUUUACCAAGUCCCGACGGGUCUUGGAACCAGCACGAGCAACUUAACGUCGACAACGUUCAGUGCUGCGCUCGAGGAGUUCGUGCUUGCUCCUCCACGACGUGUGAGUGACGACGUCAAGGAUGAACGAGAGCGCGUACGUAGAGCGGCAGUUUGUGCUGCGUUUGCGCUGUUCGUGCUGCCCAAACGCUUGCUGUCUGAACCGAAGAUGACUGUCAACCAGCGCGUCGUGUUUGUAGGCGCUUCAGACGCAGCAUUGAGCUGCUUAGCUCGCCUUCUAGCGACUCCGUAUCUGUAUUUCUCCAACUUAACGCUCAUCUCUCCGCAUGGUUUGACCGUGGCAACAAUGGAUGAAAGUGAUGACGAUACCCUGACUCCCCGAGCUUCGGAUUUUGCCAAGAAGAGCUUGUUUACAGCUAUAGAGUUGGAGCAAUUCAGUCUGCGCACUCAUGUACGAGUGAUUGAGAGUCGAAUGGUGCGUCUAGAUCGCGAAACUCGAGCUGUGAUUCUCCAAGAUGGCUCGUGUAUUCCAUACGACUACCUCGCGCUUACUACGGGGCUUCAAGACGGCACAUGUACGUCACUCAAGAAGCCACCACGAUUCAUAGACGAAGGCUUUGGUGACGGUACCACAACGGCUGCAAUGUAUUCUCCUCCAGUUAUCCCGAAACAAAUGAUGAUAUUGGGAGACGUACCAACAGCUCAAAAACUCCACACUGUAUUAAGCACGAAAGAGGCAACGACUGGAGGCUCCAUUGUGGUGUAUGGUAGUUCAUUGCUGGCGCUUCAAGUGAUCCAGGCUUUGCUUAUUCGAGGGAUUAAUGGCAGUCGUAUUCAUCAUGUUUCUUCAUCACGAGACAACGGAAGUGGUGUCUUUGAGGAUAUUGUGGUCCGGUCAGAGAUGGACAAACAGUAUGCUAACAGUGGAGUCACACUUCAUACAGCUACCAAGAUUGUUGCUAUCGAAACGAAAUCUGGAAACGAUGACGAACUAGAAGGUUUGAUACCGUGCUCGUGGCUGCUUUGUUGCCAGCAUAAUGACUCAGACGCCGACGUCUUUCGUGCUAUAAACGAAAGUGGUCUUGUAUACGACGGCCGUUUGGUUGUGGAUGGACAUAUGCGCACAACCGACGCACACGUGCUGGGUGCUGGACCGUUAUGCCGUUUUUCGAGACGAUUUAUGUCAGCCAAACUACACGAACACUACAGCAGCCGCGAAGGUGGCGAGUUACUCGCGAAAUCGCUGCUUCAGUUGCUUGAUCCAAUGGCUACUCAGGAGCCUUCAGAAGUGCAUCCGUUACCUACACAACCGUCGAAAACGUGGAUGGUUCCACCUCCAGACAUGGAACUUCCUGUGGUUCGAAGUGCUGUGGUACUCGGUGGCAAAUUCUACGUACAGAUAAGCAUCCCAACUCUUACUAACACCUUGGCACUACAAUCGCUGCCCACAAAUACCGCGUCGCGAACGACAGACGUAAAUCUCAUUGAUACGGACACGCACGCCCCUUCUCGCCCUACUAGCGGAGCCACCAAACCGUCUCGGUACACGUGUCUACUCUUUGAUGACGUAGGAGUACUGAAUCGACUAGAAUACUUGGGAGACGUCCCUGUACCCGUCCGCGAUCUACAGAACCUUGUGGGAUUGCAUGAAGCGUAUCUAAACAGUGCACUGGCUUCGUAUUCGGCCGGUAAAGUGCACGACUGGGUCUCGUUCUUCGCAGACCCGUGGGCCAAUGCGUUGUACCACGACCGCUUUCCAGCUUUCCGUACUAAACUGCGUACGCUCUUGGCCAAGGACGACGGCGUCCGCGCUAUUGCAGACGAUGCAGUAGCGUUUAUGAGAGAGACUGGAGAUACGAAGGGGGCGAUGGCAUUGGCGCAGGAGCGUGUAGGACGUGGUGGUAGCUCUCUGGAGCCGUCCACUCGUAGGUUGGUGGAGAGUCAAGUCCUUGAGUUCCUGGGCAACAAUCGAGACGUCCUCAACAUGUUUCUAUUGCCGAAAGGCGGAGCUCCAACGCGACCAGGCAGCAAGUGA